UUUUCAUCACCAGAGGGCGACAAGAUAUUAGACGUAAUGGAAGCGCGUUUGGAUUAUAUUACGUAGAUUUGAAGUUUAAAACUAUUAUUGUAUAAGAGGAUAGAGUGCAGAACUUUCAAAUAAACCGGAGGAAUAAGAAGAAAAAGAAGUUAUUAUGGAAGACGAUAACUUAGACUAUGUUACCGCAUGCGUUGACGAGAUAGCUUUAGAAGGUUUGGAUGGAAUUACUCUCACAGUUUUAUGGUUACGUUUAGAGAAAAGGCCUCAUUUUCCCUUACCUUUGGAUGAAGAUUCUAAAGCAUUCAUCUGGGAGGUCAUAUCCCAGCAUCCUGAUAUAGAGUUUUAUGAGCUGCCAGAACCACGAAAACAGUUCACUUUAUUCAAUCGUUACGAUUAUUUAGAUUUGGAUAUUGGAAUUGUUUUUGAACCAGAAAAUGUUCCAGAUGAUAUUUAUCCAUACAAAGCAAUUGAUGAAAAAGACGUUAGAGGUUCUUGUAGCACUUUUACCACAAGGAAAAAUAUUACUAGUGAAAUCAGAGACGAUGAUCGUGGGUUAUUAACAUAUGAGGAAGCAGUUGAAAGGUGGCAUGAUAAGCUUGUAUUGGUAGCUUCUCAGGAGCAGAGAAAUUUAGCAUUAUUAGGUACGGAAGUCAACCCUCAUUUAAAACUCAAUAUAAUUCAGUAUUGCAUGAUUGAACGAAUCGGGAGAUCACGCUAUCACGGUGAAGUGACGCAAGGAAAGAAUGGGUUGACUGUACUCGGUGAGUGUUCGAAAACUUUAUACUAUUAUCGUAAAAUGUUGUUGGAAAAGCAUUUGAUAACAAAGCAAGUCCAUUAUGAAAGGAAUUGCAAAGGACAGACGACGGUUGGUAGUUUGCUACACUUAAAAAGAUUUUAUGUGGAAAGAAAAUCAAAGAUCCAGAUUAUUUUACAAAAGAUGUCAGAAUUAUUAUAUGAAAAACCCAAACAGAGAGAAAUCUUUCAUAAACUUCGUAGUGAGCUGGGUGUAAAGGAAACUACUUUUAAAAAAGUCUUCCAAAAAACUUUUAAUCAGUAUUUUAAAUUAGAUAUUGUACCAUAUCGACAAAUUUACCCGAAUGCAACCGAUAAAGAAGCAAAGUCACAAAAUGGAAAUGAAAAAAUAUUGAAAAUUGUGGAACUGAUAAAACCAUACGAUCAAAGUGAAGAUGAUGACAAUGAUAAAGAAACAAGUAAUUUAAAUGAAACUUUUUUCAAUCCAAAAAAUUUCAUGAUUGAUAGACCACUCUUGUCUCAAGUGUUUAAUGUUAUAAAAAGUGAAGGUCCAAAAGGAAUUUCUGCUCAAGAGAUUGGGAGGACAAUGGGUAUUCCUAAAUUAGAAAUGAGACUGUUAUGUCGUAAUUUGGAAAGAAGAGAAGUAGUAUCCACCUAUAUGCAAGAUGUUGGACGACAGCGUGUAACAAAAUACAUUGCCAAAGAAUACGAAAAAGAUAGUGAAAUUCAUAAAAAGAUAUUAAUUGAAAGAAAGAGAAUAUUAGAUCUUUCUUCUAAGAAUGAAGAAAAUUCGGAUAUGGAUACAAAUAAUUAUCAGGUAUGUGACGUAUCUCAAACUCCUGAAAAUAAUGAAUUAUCUUUUGUCAGCAUUGAACCUGAAAAAGAUGAUAUUGAUAAUAAAAAGAAACAAAAUGUUGCUAUUGCAAGCAGUUUUACAGAAGAUUUAAAACAAAUGUAUAGUGAGAAAAAUAAAAAAGAAACUUCACAUAUUACAUACAGAAUUUUAAAGAGAGCUGGUAUUAUUAUUGAAACUGUAAAAAGAAUGAAAAUGGUAGAUGACAUAUAUCAAAUUCAAAAGUUAAUAUAUGAAAGUGAAAUGAAAGAAGGUUACAAUAAAAAAGUUCAUAAAAAAUCUGUGCUGCGACUAAUACAUAAACUUGCCAAAGAUGGGUAUGUAAGAUCUAUUAAAACUAUUUUGAAGUUAGGUGAUAAUGUCAAAAAACUUCAUUUUGUAUGCAUACCAAGUAUUACAGUUAAUGAUCCGUCUGUAAAAAUUGCAAUUGAGCAAGCUAAAUUUAAAUAUUUUGCUAGUAAAGAAAUGAUAAAACCUACACAAUUGAAAAAUGAUAAACAAAGUAAGCAAAUUGAUUCUAUUGGUCAAAGUAUACAAGAAUUACAACAAUUACAGCAAAAACCAUCAGAAAAAAUAAAAAUGCGGUAUAUGCCAUCCAUUGGUAGAACCUAUGGAUUAGAACCUAAAUUUAUUCGGAUGAAAUCAUUGUACACACUGCUAUUUUAUCUUGUUUAUGAUUAUCAAGGAAAUUUUUCUACAAAUAUUGAUGGACCUCCAAUAUAUCAUGAUGAAAUUGGAUGGAAAAUGUUUAUUCCUCCACUUCGUCAGCACUGUGGAAUUCCUGAAGGGUGGUGUUUAAUCAGUGAUGUUCUUCUUAGUUUACCUCUUUCUUUGCUAGUGAAAAUAGUAAAUAUUACAUAUAAAGUAGAAGGAUUAGAAACAUUUUUGAAAGAUCCCAUAAAACAACAUUAUCUCUUAAGAGAUCUGCCACCAGAAAUUCGAAGUGCAUUGAUGUAUAAUAGACGCUAUAUUUUUAGUGUGUGUGAAAUUGCUACAAAGUUAAGUUUCAUGAAUCUUGUCUCAUUUGGACCACAACAAACUAAAGAAAAAGAUCAUAGUUUUCUCUAUGUACAUAGAUAUGCAUCAAUUAAAGAUACAACUAUCUCAAAAACAGGAUAUUUAUAUAUAAGUGAUGAUAUGGACUAUAGUAUAAGAAAAUAUUAUUUAAAAACAUUAGAAGAUGUGGAAUCAUAUUGGUUACACUUGGAAACUGUUUGCUUGCAUACUCCUCUGGGAUAUUAUAAUACAGCUCGUGGUCAAAGUAUUAACAUUGAAAACAUUUACCGUAAACCCAUGAUGAUAGAAGCAUGCAGAAAUAAAGAAUUUUCUGAAAUAGUAGAUGAUGGAAGUUUAUUAGGUGAUGGACGAGGAGCUGCAGGUCUUGAUUCCGGUUUUUUUGCUCAUUUAAAACGCAAUUGGUCUUGGCCAUCCAUGCAGCAUCAUUUGCAUCAUAAUAUUGAAAAAUUAUGUCAGAAGGACACAGAUGUCAAUCUUACUGCAAACACAAAUUAUAUGCAGUAUUUACUUCAUGGAAGUGAUUCUUCUUCACAAAAGGUAUCAGAGAGACGAUUUUUUCGGUUAAAAAAUAUAAAACGCAAAAUGUCUGAAACAGUUGAAAAUGAUGCUAAAUCAGUUACUAAAAAUGAACUUAAAGAAAAAAAUAUGAAAAGGAAACAACCAGUUAAUCAGUCAGUUCCAUAUGCAAGAAAACGUUCUAAACCAGAUAAAAUUAUUCGAAAUGUUACUAGGAUAUUAAAGAGGAAGCGUAAACCAUAUUAUGAUGACAAAGAUAAAGAUGCAUUAAAGAAAAUGUCAAAAUUGAGAGUUUUAUGGACUGCACAAGAAGAUAGUAUUUUAUUAAUGUGCAAAGUAGCUUCCUAUUUGUUAGAUCCAAAUUAUAAUAGAAUGGUCGUACCUUAUACUUGUGUGCGUGAUGUAUUACAUGAAAAAUUGCCAAAUUUGUCUAAUAAUAAAACAUCACGUGCUUGUCAAAGAAGAGUUGGUUAUAUGCUGAUGAAUCCAACUACUGUUCAAAAUGUCUCUGUAUUUUUAUGUGAAGCUCAACAAGAUAAAGAAUUGGUAAAUUUAUAUCUAGGUCCUAAGCCUCCAAAAACACAUGAAGAAACAUGGACAAAUAUGUUUGUUACUUUAUUAAAUCAAUUGUUAAAGAAAUUUACACAAUCAUCAUCUGAGCGAUGUGAAAAAAUUAUACUUCCCAAAACAAUCAAGCAGCUUCAGCAGGAUUAUCAAAUGGUUAUAUCAGGAGAGCUUCCAGAUUAUAAAUCUAAACAUGAAGAUGUAAAAGCUAUUGCAAAUAUACAGGAAAGUGUUGUUCAUUCAUUAAUUAUGUCAUCACUGUGGACAUCAGGAGAUAAACACAACUGGAACUAUGUUUUAUAUAAAUUAUAUCAACAGUAUCCAAUGCAAAUGUUGCAAAAUGCAGUUACUUGUAUUCGUCAAAAUCAAAUUGCUACUAAAAAGAAAUGUUUUAGUAAAAAAAGUUAUAGUAAUCUUCCUCUUUCCACUAUACCAUACCGACUCUCUGUGAAUUAUUAUAAUUCUUUAAGGACUCCCUUUCAAGUAGAAAUUUAUCAUGAAGUUUAUUCAUUAUUGGAUAAAUUAAUAAAUAAAGAUAAAUCAUCAAUUGGAGUUAAUGUUUAUACUAAUGUGAUUUCAGGUUAUUCUGCUGCAGUUGUUUCAUUAAUGGCUAAAUUUUUGUUAACUUUUGAACUGCAUAUACCAAACCAAAUUAUUUUAUUGGAUACCAGUUUAAGUGAUAGACAGCGUUCUGAAGUAGCAAAGAAAAUGAAAGAAAUGGAAUCUACAGAAUACAUGAAUAAUGACAAUCAAGUAAAAUCUAAUGUACUUAGUGAAAAUUCAGAUAUCUUGGAUGAACCUCCUCAAAAGAAAAGAAUGUUAGAUAAUGAUGUGGAACAGAAUCAAAGUGAUGAUCAUGAUUAUUCAUCAUUACCAAAAACUGAUAAUGAUACAAAUUUAAAUAGUAAUGUUUCUUUUGAAGUAUCAUCUUCAACAAAAGCUUCAAGACUUGCUCUCUUCAUGCUACGUCAGUCUGAAGAUAAUAAACAAAAAAAUAAGAUAUUACAUUCCCAAGAUUAUUUUGUAAUAAAUUCCUGUAGUGUUUUUUGCCGACUUCGUAAUGAAAACAGUCAAUUUUUGAAAUCUAAUAUAAUUUACGAUAUUAUCAAUUCUCAGCGAAAAUAUCUACCAAUAAACGAAAUUCCAUCUUUUAAAAUUCUGUCUGAUUCUUCAGAAUUUGACGUGAAUGAGAAAGAAUUUGGAAGAAAAAUAUUUGAUACCAUUAAUGAACAAAAAGAGUUAGGUAUUACAGAAGAUAUGUUAGAAAAUUUUCAGCAUUUGGAUGAAACAGGAAAAUUAGAAAAAAUAUUCAAUUUUAUGUUGGAAAAUUGGAUAAUUAUCAGAGUUGGUACUUCUUGUUUCAGAUAUGUAUCUUAUCAAUAUUCAAAACCUUGGAUUCUUUCUUCUUUAAAAAUUCCAAAAGAAAAUAAAUUACUUUGUCAAAUAGAAUAUUUAGAAAAAACGGCUUCAGAUAAUGCAAAUUUGGACACUGAUAAUUCUUCCAAUAAAAUAUCUGAUGUUGAAAAGACACCUGCAAUAUCAAGCAAAAAAGAUGAAGAAAAAAUUCAAGCUAAUGAUUCUGUUGCAUUAAAUUUAAGUAUUAGUUCAACAGAAGAAAAUCAGUCGUCAGAGAUUAUUGAAACAAUACCCAAAGACGCCAGUAUUGAAAAUAAUAGUACAUCCAGUAGUGUUUCAAGUGAAAGAGGAAAACAUACUUGUAAACAACAAUCAGAUUUUUCAUACAAAUCUGUUUUACCUGAGAAGAAACUUUGGGAAAAUGUGCAGUUUAUUGGUAGAACAUGGAGAAAACCAGAUGGUUCAUUGAAUCAUUCAACUCUCAACAAAUUGUUAAGUUCUGUUCUUGGUCAUAUAAUGGCUAAUCCAGGUAUUACUGUACCACAACUUUGCAAAUAUUUUAAGCUCUCAUUAUUUCCUGUUGAAGUACUUGAAUUAUUAGAGAUACUUGAAAAGGCAGAAUGCAUACAACGUUAUUAUUUAAAACCAUCCCAUUCUGUAACAUUAUUUUCUAAACCUAUUGACUAUACAUUAACAGAAAAAAAGAAUUUGCACAGCAAAUGUCAUAUUGAAAUUAUCCCUGAUGCCAUUAUCAAAUUCAGUCAGUUAUCUGAAAUGCUUUUAAACAAAAGAGGAUUAAAGAAUGUAAAAUAUAAUUGAUAAUGUGCCAGUUGUUUGGUAUAUUAUCAAAUAUUUCAAUAGUUGUUUAAUGCAAUCUUAAAAUAAUUUUUUUUGUAUUAAUGUGCAUGUAUAAUAUCAAUAGAUGAAUGUUUUUUGUAUGUGAUAAAAAUUAAAUAGUAGA